AUGUCCUCACGCGUCGUGACGCCGUUCUUUUUGGCGCGGCGAAAACAGUUCUGGGCCUUUGCUGCGAGGUGUCCAUCUGGUGCCAUGCCAACCUUUGCGCAAGCCGUGGCGUCGGCACAGGCCAAGGCCCCCUUGAUGCGGGCCACGUCUAUGGAGGAGGCGGCAGAAGACGUGGAGAUGACGUCGUUCAGCUCAGGGCUGGUUGAUGCAGGAGAGACCUUCCAGUUGGAUCGCAAGGCCUUUGAAAUCAGCUACGCCCUUAGCAACGAGGCGCUCAGCGAGACCCAGACCUUCAACUUCUGCCGCAGCGCGCGGAAGUCCAUCCUGUUGAGUCUCGGGGUGUCGGCGCACGCGGCGGGCAACACGGAACAAGCUCAGGUGGAUAUCUUGACGCCAUAUGCCAAGGCCUCCAACCAGGCGUGCAUGAACGCCUAUAUGGCUGUGGUCCUGGGUCCAGGAACCUUUCGACUUUCGCGGGCCAUUUCCAGAUGUGGCUGGCUGAUCGGCUUCGGAGCGUUGUUGUGCUUGUCCUUGAUGCACAUCUUCAUUUGUCUCAGAUUGGUGGAGGUGCCUCAGCUGAUUCGUCAAGAUGUGCCUAACGCCACCUUUCUAGCCAAGCUCUUUCUGACACGUCGCGCCUACUGGGUGGUGGCGGUGCUCUCUGUGGCGAGUUGGUUUGGUGCCUCUGCCAUCCAGCUAUCGAAUGUCAUCAGCAACAUCCUGACAGUGGUGGCUUUUGAUGUGGCAGAAUAUGCGGAUGUGCACAAGUUUCGAAAUACCGCCCCGUUUGGCUGGAAGCUCUUUGCCGUCAUGAUGUUGGCAGUAACCAUUGUGCCGCUGUCCCUGAAGUCCAGCGCGAAAGAUUUGCAAACCAAGGCGUCCUAUGCGGUCUAUGCCAUGCUGGCUAUUGGUGCGGUGGAAAUGUGCUGCGCCUUCAUUCAUGGCACGUUUCAGCUUUUAGGUCCCAAUCCUAUUGAUUAUGAUAUGGUGGGCAGUAACAUCAUCGAUGGUCUCUUUGAUAUGGCCUUAGCUUUUGGUGGCAUUGCAAUCUUGCCGUACGUCCUGGCCGAUAUGCUUGAGCCCCAAAAUGCCCGCAAGGUUGUGACGAAAGCCACCACGCGCAUCAUGUUUUUCUACUUGGCCGUGGCCAUGGUGGGAUACUUCGGCUGGGCCAACUCCAUUCAGAUCAUGACGCCUCUGCAGAUGAUGAUGUCCAUGAGUUUUGGGUACCAAUCCUGUGCGCGCAUCAUCAGUUUGUUGUUCAUCAUCAAGACACUGACCACCUUUCCCCUGACUUUCUGGCCUCUAUACAGAGAAGUCGAAUCUCUCUUGCAACUGGAUGAAGUCCUAGGGGUUCAGCUCCACCUGCCCUGGGCUGUGCGUCGUCAGAUGGUUCUGAAGGUUGCGACCAAGAUCUGUUUGGUGACGAUGUGCCUACUGACCUUACUGCUGAAUGGCCAAAGUAGCCAUCGGAUGGUUCUUCUGUUCAUGGGUAUCCCUCUGAACGUCUGCCAUUUCGCAUUUCCCGCUUGUGUUGGAUGCCUGGCAAUUCGAAGACAUUGGCAGCUGUUGAAGACCGGGCAAGAGGCGCGCGAAGACACGGUGGAAUAUAUGUUUCACAGUAAGAAGAUCCACUACUGGUCUGUACAUGUCAUGGCCGCUGUGAUGAUCGCCAUAUGUUUGGGGCUCUCCAGUUAUAUGGUGCUCAACCUGCAAAGUGCCCCAGAUCCGCAAGAUGGUUGUUCCUUGUGGGACAAAUCUUGUGACAUCGAUCCCGGGGACCGAGUUCCGUGAUGCUGAAAAAUCUGAGUCAGGAUGGGGAUGGGGAGGGGUGGAACACCAAGGGUCACCAAGGUCAUCCCUGAUCCGACAGGUCUACUAGGUCUACUAUGUUGAUGUUUGGGAACUAGGCUACCAAGCUGUUGAAGGACAUAGACACAAGUGG